AUUUCGCAAUCGUCUCUCCUCUCCAUGUUCCAAACAAAAACAGUCAGCGCUCACACACAGACGGGAUUAAACGCACUAUUUCUACGUUAACUUCUUCUACUUUGACGGAUGGUUGACUACCCCGCCGCCCCGUGAAGGCUCUCCGUAGGACCUCCCCGUCAGCUGACCGAUUCGUCUGCACACCUGAGGAGACUCAGACCUCAGCACCUGAAGGCAGCGCAUCCCAAAUGAGCCGGCCGGCACAGCCGAAAACAACCACACCCGACCACAUCGGCGUGAGCGUCAUCCAGAGCCAGACCCACGCCGCCGCCAUCGCCGGCGUAGCCCCUGGCGGCCUGCAGCAAGUCCCACAGCUCGUCCCCGCUAACGCUAACCCUUCAGCCGGAGCCGGAGGCGGGAAGGCGGCGAAGAUGAAGAAACCGUCGGCAGACAAGGAGAGCGACGAGUACCGCCAACGGCGCGAGCGCAACAACCUGGCGGUGAAGAAGAGCCGCAUGCGCAGCAAGCAGAAGGCGAUGGACACGCAGCAGCGAGUCAACGAGCUCAAGGAGGAGAACGAGAGGCUGGAGGCCAAAAUCAAACUGCUGAGCAAAGAGCUGAGCGUGCUCAAAGACCUCUUCCUCGAGCACGCGCACAACCUGGCCGACAACGUGCACGCGCCCGCCGCCGCCGGUGGCGAGGGAGCUAACCCCGCCCUCAACAACAACAACAACAACAACAACAACACCUCGGCCAAUGGGCAGUGAGAGAGGGGGCGGAGCCACGCCUGACGCUUUGAUUACGGUAGCCUGCAGCUUCUGUGGAAACUUCUGUCACUUCACACGUUGGAGUUUAACGUCACGACUUUUGUUUUUGUUUUUUUUUUACUUCAGAAAUGAACAUUACA